AUGAAAGCCGCUAGUGUAGUAGAAAAAAUGGGAGUUCAGGUGGUGACGCCACCGCAUGCAGGUGGUUUAUGGUGGGAGAGACUAGGUUCAGCUUUCAGAACAGCCAUAGCAUGCACCAUAAUCGGCUGUACCGCCCUAUACGGACCAGAACACCUCCAGCACCAGAUACAGUAUCCUUCCGUCGCCUAUGUGACUGCCAUCCUGAUCGUUUCCGACGCCACACUUGGCACCACCUUAAGAGGGUGUUGGCAAGCACUUUGCGCCACCGUGGUGGUGGUGCCGUCGUCGAUGUUGUGUCUUUGGGUUGUGGGUCCGUCGAGUUUCACGGAGACUGGAGCUGCCGUUGCGGUGGCGUUGAGUGCGUUUCUGGUGGCGGUGCCGGAGUGUCUGCCGUUGCUAACGAAGCGCAUUGCGUUUGCACAGCUGGUGAUCAUAUAUGUUGGUGCGGUGGUUCGCGGCCAUGACGCCGGACCGUUGACGCACCCUAUUCAUAUUGCGGCAUGCACGGCGCUUGGGGCGUCGGCUUCUGUCUUGGCUUUGAUACUGCCGUACCCUAGGCUGGCUGUCACUGAGGUGAAGAAGCAAUUCCAGUUAUAUACAGAAAAUGCAUCAGAAAGAACAAGCCUUUAUAUGAAAGCUUUCUUGAGUGAAGAUGAAACCACUGCUGAUGAUCUUGUUUCUCAAGCUAAACCCAUUGCUCAAUCAGGAACCCAUCUGCUUAACCACAUCAACCACAUCCAGGAAGGUGUAAACUGGGAGAGACAUCGUCUCCGUGACUUCAAACGCAGUUUCGUGAACAUGGGAGACAGAUUAGACGACAUCGAAACACCGAUUAAAGGAAUGGAAAUGGCGCUAGCGGCAAUUCCUUCAUUUCCGCUCGAGAUCGUUGACGACGAGUUGAGAACCGUUUUGCAAAGUGCACGAGUCCAACAAACCCUAAAGCUCGAGGAUGCCAAGUGUUUUGUACCGUUUGAUGAUGCCAUGACUGUUCCCGAAAGAAAAGACGAACUCUUUGAGAAAUCCCUACACACUCUUGCAAACGUUCCACCAACACACAAAAACCUACCGGCCUUUUUCUUCUUAUCGUGUUUUGAACUACUUGUAAACAACUCGAGCAUGAACCCGAAACCGGAAUCACACGACGGCCAGAAGGUUCAUGUAGCCGAAGAAUCGAUAAACCGGCCAAACAAGACUCAAACGAGUAAAGAAAGACUUAUGUUUGCCCUAAAGUGCUCGAUAUCGUUAGGACUUGCGGUUCUGCUCGGAAUGAUCUUCGACAAAAAGAACGGGUAUUGGUCGGGACUCACCAUAGCCAUCAGCUUUGUAGAAGGUAGACUACCGAUUUUCACGGUUGCGAAUGCUCGAGUACAAGGUACGGCAAUCGGCACGGUUUACGGAGUGCUCGGUAGCUGUCUUCUUCAUCAGUACCCCGAAAUGAGAUUUGUAAUUCUCCUACCAUGGAUCGUUUUCACAAGCUUGCUACACCAUAGUCAGAUGUUUGGGGAAAGCGGCGGCAUCGCAGCGGUGAUUGGAGCACUUUUGAUCCUUGGCCGGAAAAACUAUGGUGAGCCAAAGGAAUUCGCAAUUGCUAGAAUAACAGAGGUUUCCAUCGGGCUUUUUUUCUUCGUCUUGUUGGAAAUUCUCCUUAAACCAGUCAGACCUGCAACUAUGGUGAAACGACAACUAUCUCGAUGUUUGGAAACAGUAGACGAAUGCUUACAUCGAAUAGCAACUAGAAAAGAAAAUGGGGCUCCAAUCUUUCCGUCACUGAAAGAAAACCUCAAGAAAUUGAAAUCCGAUAUAGAUCAAUUGAAAAACCUGAGCCAAGAUGCGAAGUCCGAACCGGGCUUCUGGUUUCUACCGUUCAGGGCUUCUUGCUACGAUAACCUGCAAAAAAGCUUUACACAAAUGGUCGAUUUGAUGCAGAUUAUGAUUUAUAACAUGGAGUUUAUCGUAAAUUUGUCCGAAAGCUCAGAUGGUUCUUACAGAGAGCUUCAAGAACACAUCUAUGGUGAUCUUAUGAUGAUGAAAGAAAACACCAGUCUACGGUUGAAGCGAUUACAAAAGAUUUCUUUAGUGAAGUGCAUCGACACCUUUGAUCGCCAGUUACAAGAAAGAGAAGGCUUCCUGGACCUGGAGUCGGCAAAUCGACCAACUUCAAACACGACAUGCGUGUCAAUGGAAGCAGACAUGAAAACUACAGAUGCUUUCCUUCAACACUUCAAGAAGGUCGAAAAUAAAAGUGAGGGUGACAACGAUUUUACAGGGAAAACAAUUAUACACUUGAAUUCUUUCGAAUUCUGCAUCGGGAGUCUUAUAAGAGAAACAAUGCAGAUCGAAAAAUGCAUAAAAGAUAUCAUCCGAUCAGAGAAUCCUUCAAGAAAAGUAGAUUUUAACGACAUCUACUACAAGAUUGACCUAUCGAAUGCAUCCUGA